UGUGAUCCGUAUGUUAUCAUAGAGUUGUUACCAUCAAAACCAUCAAUACAGUGCAAGACAGCGGUGAAAAAGAACACUUUAGAUCCAGUCUUCGAUGAACAAUUUAUCAUGUUAGUUUUUGUUGCGUAUUUUACCUUUUUGAUCAUUAAUUUUUCUGUUCUAGAUCUUGUUCAUCUCGACAUAUCUUACAAGAAAAAGGCGCUGUUAUACAUUUGUCAGUUUGGUAUCAUGAUAUAAUAUACCCUGAUGAGUUUUGUGGUGAAUGUUUUGAGCCAUUAUCCAAAGUUCAAUCACUUAAAAUGUUUCCCGCUAUGAGAGAUGUACCAGUGUUGAGAGAAAAAUUAUAUCGACCACAAAUUGUUAAAGAAUCAAAAAGUUUUGAAUUAUUACGUAAUCGUGCUGAAUUUGAUAAAGAAGCUAAGCGAUUUGUUGAACGACGGAUGGAUAUAAUGGAUAAUUCUAAUUCAUCAGAAUUUAAUAAUCAAAAUACAACAUUGAAUUGUUUUUUUUGUUUGCCAACACUUACUCGAACGAAAACAUCAAACAUCCGUAGUGCUUAUGAUGACUAUUAA